GCCCUCAACAUGCUUGCAUACACAGUUAAAGGAUGUUUUGAUCAGCAUGGCAGCAUCAAUGAUCUUGACAUGAGCAUACAACUUUCUUGUGAAGCCAUGUCUCUAUGCACCGAGGGGCAUGCUGACCGUGACGCCUACCUGAACAACUUGGCCAUCUCACUCACGUCGCACUUCCAU